UUUGGAACUCUUCAAUAUUGAAGGUAAUCCAAUAUGGCGGAGCGGGAAAGAGAACCACACUUUUGUGCCAUUAAUGAUCCGUCAUGUUCUCAAGGCCUGCAAGCUGUCUGGGGCUGUGGCAACCAGUUCUUCGUGUUCCCAGGGAAAAAGGCAAUUUUGUUGAACGAAAGACGACCUCUGCUGAUGAAGGAGGAAACAAUACGAGAAGUUAAAUGGGACAUGGACCUCCAUAGACCUGUCCUUAGAAAGCUUGUCAAUGAAUCUCAUAAUGUUUUCACCUGUCUACAAGAGCAAGCUAAGAAGACAUCAGGUGCUGCUCUUCACCCACACAUCAUAAGAUCCAGCAAGCAGUAUCGAGCUUCACUGAAAGCCUACAGCCUUGAACUGAAGAUAUUAGCAGAUUCUACCAUAGACGAGGAGCAGAAGCAGGACUUCCUUGAUCACCUACAGCUACUAGAGAUGGCUGAACUGAUCUGGGGGCUGUGUGAGAUCCUGUUCAUUGACAGUCCUGCUGGUGGAUUGGUGAUCGCUCCAUUAUUGGAAUGGCUUCGGUUCCACUUCCAGACGGGAGAACAAAUGUUUCUGGAAAUUAUCCGAGAAGAACAGCCAGAGCACCACCCACUCUACUGGGACACGAUCUAUCGCUUAGUCCUCCAAGGCCAGGCGGAACAUGUGCGCCGGCUACUGUCUCUCCACUCCUCGAAACACAGCAAGGCUUUCAGCAGUAUGGACGAACUCCUCAAGAAAAUGCCACAGCACACGCAGCUGUUUCGAGGCCACUCCAUCGCAGAGUUCGACAUGAAAUGGCGACAUUGGCGGGACGAAUGUGAGCGAAGAUUGGAAGAGGGAGAGUUUUCAUCAUACGGAAAUUUGGAAACAAUUGGAAAGAUACUGACUGGAAAUGAUGAAGUGUUUUCUGAGUUCCGUGACCUGUGUGAAACUUGGUACCAUAUGCUGGUGUCCAAACUUUUAUACCAAAACCCUACGAUCAAAGGCUUCGACCUACAGUACCACAUACAGGUUUGUCUGGAUGAGUACCGCAGUAACACGAGGAUCGGGGAACUAGAUAACAUUCUCCUGUCGGCACUCGAGUAUGACAUCCACCAGGUCAUCAAGGACAGCAGUGCGGUUUUCAGUAACUGGUGGUUUGUGGCCCACCUCACAGACUUACUACAACAUUGUGGCCAGUUAGACUCCCACAAACUUCAAUUUGGCUCCAAUCUGAGAGAGUUUCUGUUGUUGGAGUAUGCCACAAGCCUCAUGUCCCACAAAAGCCUGUGGAUUGUAGGGGUCAGCUAUCUUGACCACUGUCCAGAGUUUGGACGGAAAUACCUGGAACAUUUUAUGGAGAAUAUUUCUAUAGAUUCGGAAAAGAAAGCCCAGAAACUGUUACACAUAUGUCAAGAAAGGAAUUUGGCAGAGCAAGCCAAGUCCAUCUGUAAGGUGAUGGGGAGAAGACACAUGCAACACAAACGACUCGGAGCUGCACUUACCUGGUUCCUCAAAUCUAAGGACGUAGCGCUGUCCACAGUGAUAGCAGAACGAUUCCUGUUUGAGUACAGUGAGAAGGGAAGCUUCUCAAACCUGGACCUCAUCGACAAUCUAGGACCUUCCAUGUUACUGAGUAACCGUCUAACAUUUCUAGGUAAAUAUCGUGAGUUCCACAAGUUGUACGAAGAAAAGGAGUUUCAAGCAGCCGGCCAGUUGCUGCUCUCCCUACUACAGGCUAAACUGGCCCCAAAGCAGUUCUGGGUGACACUGCUUGUGGAUGCGAUACCUCUCCUGGAGGCUCAAGAGGUGAUAUUCAGCAGUGCCCAAACCUUUGACCUAAUGCAUUGUCUGGAGGAACUAAUGAGGGAAUUCAAGGAUAUAGACGUUCGGGAGAAAGAAAAGCUAGCUUUAUUACGUCUGGCCCUAACAAGGAAUUUGUCUCGAGCAAUCGUCACAGAAGGAACAGUCAGACGGACUUGAGAAGGUAUAUUGAUGCGAAAUCUGGAAUAUAUUGAUGGGAUGUGCCAAGCUACCAUUUGAUGGAACCAAGAUCUAGAGUUCUGUUGUUAGCACUGAUUUGAUUGGAUGAGGUCAUGGGCACUGUUGUAAGCACUGAUUUGAUUGGAUUAUAUCAUGUGUGCUAAUGUCAGCAAUCAUUUGAUUGAAUGAGAUGUGUACUGUUGUAAUCACACAUUUGAUUGGAUGAGUUCUUGUGUGUACUGUUGUCGGCAUUGAUUUGAUUGGAUGAGAUUGAUACUGUUGUAAACAGAAAUCAGACAUUUGAUUGGAUGAUAUCAUUUGUACUACUGUAUACUGUAAUACUUGUGUGUAAGAUCUGUGCACUGUCUUAUGAUGGGGAUCUUCAUACGUUAUAAUGUAUUGUACUACCAAUGUAUUGUACUACCAAAAUCAGUUGAUUCUGAAAAUGACCAAUUCAUUCGACUCAGGUGUUGUGCCCUGCUGUUUAUAGAUAAACAUGUAAAGGUUUUGUAUCUGCAAGAAUUGUGUGAAAUGUGUAACGAACAAUGAAAUGGUAUGUGCUUGCUUUACAGUACUAUUGUGAUAACUUGUAGUACUUCUUGAACUGGCAGCUCUUGUGUACAGAAACACAGGCACAAAAUCAUUGAAUCUACAUACUAAAUUGAAUCUGCACCAUGGUAGUUUUAUGUUUGUGAGGAAAGAAAGGAGGAGGAGGGUGUGGGUUGAAGUGGACAGAGAGACAAACUGAAAUAUGAGAAAAAGAGACAGA